GAUGAAGACGCACAUGUUCAAGAAGAUUCGGAAGCAAAUCGCCAGAGCGAUGACUCUGAGGCGCCAGCGUGAGAUUGCUCGGGGCAUCACCCGGGAGCAGAGCCGCCGCAUGCGACGGCGGCGGCGCCUGGAACUGAAGGUGAAGUACGAG